AUGACUGACUUAGCACAGGAUAUGAACAAGCUUUCUGUCAACGGAGACGCUCGCAACGGCGCCUCUGCUACUCAGAACGGAGCUCCAGCUAAUGGUGGUGCUAACGGUUCUGCUGACCAGCCCCAGAAGCGUCAGUACGUUCCACCUCAUUUGAGAAAUAGACCCCAGGGCCAAACCAGAAGCGACUUUGGUGGCUCGGGAAGCAACGGACGUGGUAGCUCGAGUGGCCGUGGAUUCGCCUUUGGCGGAUCUGGUAGCUAUGGAGGCGGCCGCCGUGGUGGUGGAUAUGGCUCUGCUUCCAGAGCACCAAACCCACGUUCUGGUCAAGGACGUUGGGUUGACGGCAAGCAUGAGCCUCUGCCUCGUAACGAGAGAAUCGAGCUCGAGUUAUUUGGCUCUGCUGAGGAAUCAGGUUCUCUGACUUCUGGUAUCAACUUUGACAACUACGAUGACAUCCCAGUGGAGGCAUCGGGUGACGAUGUCCCUGACGCCAUUACUUCUUUCACUGCUCCUCCUUUGGACGAGCUUAUGGUGGAGAACAUCACUUUGUCGAGAUUCACUAAGCCAACCCCAGUGCAAAAAUACUCCAUGCCUAUUGUUGCCAAGGGUAGAGACUUGAUGGCUUGUGCUCAGACUGGUUCCGGUAAGACCGGUGGUUUCUUGUUCCCAGUAUUGUCUGAAUGUUUCAAGAAUGGCCCUCUUCCUGUUCCAGACACUGCUGGCCCCUUCUCUUACAACAAGGUGUACCCAACGGUGUUGAUCAUGGCACCAACCAGAGAAUUGGUCUCCCAGAUUUUUGAGGAGGCGAAGAAGUUUUGUUACAGAUCGUGGGUCCGUCCAGCCGUGGCUUACGGUGGUGUAGACAUUGGUCAACAGAUGAGGACAUUGCAAAGAGGCUGUGACUUGUUGGUUGCUGCUCCAGGUCGUUUGACUGAUAUGUUGGAGAGAAACCGUGUCUCUUUGGCCAACGUUAAGUAUUUGAUUUUGGACGAAGCAGACAGAAUGUUGGAUAUGGGUUUCGAGCCUCAGAUCAGACACAUCGUUCAAGAGUGUGACAUGCCAGAUGUUCAGGACAGACAAACGUUGAUGUUCUCAGCUACUUUCCCAAGAAAUAUUCAGAUGUUGGCCAGAGACUUCUUGAAGGAGUACAUUUUCUUGUCCGUUGGUAGAGUUGGUUCUACAUCAGCUAACAUCACUCAAAAAGUUUUGCUCGUCGAAGACGAUGAGAAGAGAUCUGUCAUUUUGGACUUGUUGUCCGCUGCCGACCUUGGCUUGACCAUUGUUUUCACAGAGACAAAGAGGAUGGCUGACUACUUGGCUGACUUCUUGUAUGACCAAGGUUUUCCCGCCACUGCCAUCCACGGUAAUAGAACGCAAUACGAGAGAGAGAAGGCUCUCGCUGCUUUUAAGAACGGUACUGCUCCAAUCUUGGUUGCCACUGCAGUCGCCGCCAGAGGUUUGGAUAUCCCCAAUGUUCAGCACGUUAUCAACUAUGACUUGCCCACGGACAUUGAUGAUUACGUUCAUAGAAUCGGUCGUACCGGUCGUGCUGGUAACGUUGGUAUCGCCACUUCUUUCUUCAACAGAAACAACAAGAUCAUUGUUAAAGACAUGAUCUCUCUUUUGACCGAAGCUAGCCAAGAGGUUCCUGAUUUCCUCAUCAAGAUCUCUAGAGAGUCCUCCUACGGUGGCCGUGGUGGCGGCCGUGGUGGUCGCAGCGGCGGCUUUGGCGGCAGAUCUGGUGCUACCAGAGAUUUCAGAAGAGGUGGCGGUGGUUUCGGCGGCAGCAGCGGCUUCGGUGGGGGCUUCGGUGGCGGCUCCAGCUACGGUGGUAGCAACGAUUUUGGCAGCGCCAGGUCCUCGGGAUACUCUUCCAACUACGGCAACCAGAACCAGAGCACUUCUUGGUGGUAA